CAAGGUAGAGCGGCGCGCGGCGGCUGCCACUCUGGUUUGUACGCGCGAGAGCUCGUGCUCGAGACCGUGGAAACACUUCCUGAGCUGCAGAAAGCGACUUUAUCUCUGCGUUUGCGCUGGAAAUGUGAUAUUUUCCUCUCUCUCAUACUUAUCAGGUAAAACAGCAAGUCGUACAGGUUUGGAAAAAUGAUGAUGGCACAAGGUCGAUGUGUCCAGCCCAUGUAAACACAGAGACUGUCAGUGGGGCAGAGUGAGCUGUUAUUCUCUGGAUCCACCCCAGCCAAAGGACAACAUUGAACUACCAAGCAAGCAAUACAACUGCUGGAAAUAUUAACUCAGCUCAGCUGCUGUAUUUAUGAUGUCUACACGAGGUAAAAUUGAAGGAUGCCGCAUCUGUGGGAGUGACCUGCAGGGUAAUCAGCGGCGAUGGUUGUAUGCAAAUCAGAACAGAAAGGGGGCACAAACUCAGACGCCGACAGACUUUUCCAGCAAGGCAAGCUUGCCCAGAUCUGCACAAAGCAGCCCAUGGGGUAGUACUCUCUCUCUCAGCUCAUCCCAUUCGCUAUCACAAUCUCGUGGCCUGCUAACCCCUACGAAAGGAAUCGACUUGCUUUGUGUGCUGACACACAUUUUGGAUCAGCCUGUACCACGUGCAGAUGGCCACGGGGAGUUUUUAUGUGGCAAAUGUGUGUCCGUUCUGGAACGAGUCUUCAAAUUCGACACCGUCAUCUCCAGAGUGCGAAUGCUGUCAAGUGAGAGACUCCAGAAACUCACUCAGGAAAGGGAUAAGAUUAGGCGAUGGGUACGAAGUAUGUACGAUCAACGCAACCCAUCACCUUUCAGGAGCAAAGGGAGCUCCAGUGAGGAUGAAAAUGACAGGAAAGAUUCUGCAGGAGAAGGAUACAGAGAAAUGCUCAAAGACAACAUGGCCCUUUCAGAGUAUGAAUGGUGGUCCGAGAAAGCUGAGGCGUGUCCCUAUUACAGGAGAACAGGAAAACGCUGUCAAAAAGGAAAGAAGUGUGAGGGUUGUGACUCCUUGAGAGUGUCCGACUCAGACUAUGAGUCUGUUUGUGGCAUUCCACGUCACUUGCCUGAACAAGCCUUCGCGACACUGGGCCUUUCCAGAGAGAAAUCCUGCAGCAUGCCUCUUCAUUGGUCGAGGGUGCCAUCUGUCAGGUCAAGCCCCGCCUCACUGUCCGGCUCCUGUCAUUCUUUGCGAUCUCGCACUGCCUCCAUCCAAUCACUGGACUCUCUCGACGGCGCUGAUCCGUUCGAUUGGCCAGAGGAUAAUUUUGCCAUUAUUGACGCUGUUUUCAAAAAGUUGAGGGGGAUGGAAGGAAAGCCAGUCCAGUCACCAGCUGGAAGUCGCAUUCCUGUGUUGAACAGAGGAGACGUUGUGAACGGAAAAGAUGAAGUGGGGUCGAAAACGGGGUUAGUGAGGGUCCUGAAUUUUGGAGAGGGGGAAAAUGGGACUGAGAAUGAGUUUGAAGAAGAGAAUGACGACAUCCUGACUGAGCUAAAAGAUGACUUUGUGCCACUGCAAAGAGAAUCGUCCUCUAAUAGGGUGCACGUUGCUGUGAAGCAAUUGCGAGAACAACUUGUUCAGGCUCAGGCUCGCAUCAGAACUCUUGAGGCACAGCUCAGAGAUGCCAACAAAACAACAACCGAUGCUUCUGCCAAGCAGUUGAAGUCUCCGCAAGCGACCAUUCUGAAGAAUAAGAAUGACCUCAUCGAGAGUCUCAGCCAAUCACUGCACAGCCGAGAGAGCGUAAUCCAGGAAUGCGUGACUUUGAUCCAGAAGCUGUGUGCUGAGAAAGGGCUGGAAUCAAAGGACACUGACAGACUCAUCCAGAAACUGGCCGGUGCAGUGACUGAUACACGCUCAGAACGUGAGACGGUUUUGGAGGCUCAGCUGUCUGAGGCGAGCGAGAGAGAGAAAGCUCUGGAAAAACAACUGCAGGCCAUUAAGGACGCCGGCAGAGAGCGAGACCGGGACUUUAUUACACUCAACACUGUGCUCCAGUGUAACCAGGAUGUUAUUAACCACCAGCGUGUGGAGCUUGCGGAAAGAGAUCGAGCUCAACAGGAGAUGAUGAAAGAAUGGGAAGUGUGGAAAGAGCGAGAUUCAGCCCUGACUGCACUGGUGCAGGACAACAAAGACUACAUUUCCCAGUUAAAGGAGGCGCUUGAGAGUUCACGCAGAGACGUGCAGGCUCUCUCAGACUCUCUGAUUGGACGGGGAUUGGAAGGGGGAGGAGCAGAGACUGGACUGGUCAAUCAGCUGCGAGAGAAAGAUGUUCUGUUGGUUGAAAGUUUCAAAGAUAGAGAAGAGCUCAGCACCACCAUGUUGCAGGAGAUCUCAAGACUGUCCUCUGCCUUGACCAAGGCUGAAAGCCUCAUACUGGAGCAAAGAGAAAAUCACAAACAAGCCAUCACUGCCCUGUCAGAGCAACUCAAAAACACACUCAAAGAGCUGAGAGAGAAAGCCAAGGAGAGGAAGGAGGCCGAACUGGGAUGGAAGAAGGAAAAUAAGGAGAGAGCGUUCGAGGAAGGAAAACUCAGAGACAAUCUACAGAAGAGGGAUCAACUCAUAGAGCAAGUUCUUCUGGAGCUAGAAGAGCGGGACGGUGUGUUGACGGAGCUACAACAAAACAUCUCCAGUAAACUGGGACCCAAAACAGCCCUCAAACACACACUAUGAGCAUGUGAUUGAACACACACUGUGAGUUUAGUCAUACACUGAACUUCAUAACUAAUUAAAUGAAUAUAUUCUCUAGCAAAUGGCACUAUUUUCAUGAUAAAGUCUUACAAUGUGCUGCACUAAACUAACAGAAAUGAAGAUCUGCAGCUCUGGUUCCGUUUCUGAGCAGAUUAUUGUAUCUAUUAGUUAAACUGACGGGAAUUCUCUAGUUUAAUUGAGGAGGUUUAGACACCAAAUUUAUGAAUAAUGACUUUCAUGUUUUGACCAAUUGCUCAACGUUUGAGGAGGUUGGGGGUGUAUUAUGAUGUCUUCUUUUAGUUCAUAUGAAUUUCCGACGGGUUCUUUAGUCAUUUAGAUUGAGCGCAGCAAUAAAAUGUUCUGAUUACUACCCACACUUCCAGAUUGCGCUUGCAAUACUGAAAUAUUUAGACUUUAUCAUAUUCAAACUUGCUUUAUUUAGGCUAAUAAUAAUUUUUCCAUAGCUCAGAAUCUUUACAGCAUUUAAAUAUUAUUAAAUGAAUAAAUCGUUUUUAUUAUUUAUGACCGCUAAAUAUGUGGAACGCUGCUUUUCUCUUAUUGUUUCACUUGUCUUUUUUCUCUGUUAUCUCAUGGUUGUCUUGUAUUUCUAAAUGUUUUCUUGUUGAUUUGUUUUGGAUAUGCAGUUAUUCGGCCCCAUCUGCAAUGUGCUGUUUUUGUUCUAUACUGUAGGCCUUUGUUUUUUUUCUUUUCACAAUAGAAGGAUUUACAGACUGUUUUAAUCUUAUUUUAUUUGGGUAUGCUGGAUUCCCCACAACCUGCUGCAUACCUCAUAAAUUACAUUCAAAGAUAAGUUUGUGUGGGUUCUCAGAGUUUUGUUGGAGCUUUUCUUUUAUGUCGGAAAUAUUAAAGGUUCUUUCUCAAGGACUCAGGGGUGUAAUUGACAAUAAAGCCUCAAAUAUCUCGA